AUGGCAGUUCCGCUCACAGAGAAAGGCCAGCAAUUGCUCGGCGUCCUGUGGAUGGAAGUCGUCCUUUCGUUUUGCUUUAUUAGUCUCCGGUUGUAUACGCGCAAAUUCGUUGGUGGUGCGCCAGGUGUAGACGAUUAUCUUUUGAUACUUAGCUGGGCUUUAAUGACAGCUUUCGCGGCAUGUAUUUCACGCUCAGUAUCAUAUGGCAUGGGAACACACGCGUCAGCAUUGACUAUUGCGGAUAACUCUCAUGGUAUAUUAUGGCUUUUGAUAGGCCAGUUCAUCAUUGCAGUCGCUAUGGGAAUAAGCAAGUGUGCUGUAGCGGUCUUUUUACUACGAAUCGUCAACCAAACUUGGCAUAAAAUAUUGCUCUACUUUUGGAUCCUGACUAUCCUGGUAUUGAGUUUCCUGCUGGCUAUCGCUGUGUUUGCGCAAUGUACUCCGGUUCAGUCUAUCUGGGAUCCCACAGUUGAGGGUACCUGCACGCUAAGUUUGACUGUCAUUGCAAAAGUUAUGUGCUCUUGGUCUGCAGCAAUGGACUUCUUCCUUGCGGGGUUUCCUUGGGUCGUCAUCUGGGGUCUCAAUAUGAAACAAAAAGAAAAGAUCACCAUUUGUGUUUCUUUGAGUCUGGGUGUUAUUGCUGGUGUAUGUGGUGUAGUCCGCACUACAACAUUGGAUGCUCUUUUGGAGACUGAUGACUAUCUAUAUGCUGUUAGUGAUUCCGUCAUGUGGACCAUGUCCGAGCUUUGUGUCACCGUUAUCUGCGUCACCAUUCCUGCCCUUCGACCCCUCUAUAACAGGAUUACAGGAGGCAGUUCGACAGGCGGACCUUAUCAAAACUACGACUUCGACAAUCAGAAGUCUGGCGCUGGCGCUGGCACUGGCACUGGCGCUGGCGAAUAUAAUCUGAAAUCUUUGAAACGAGGCAACAAGGAGGCAACUAAUUACGACGUCGAAGUAACUCGAGGAGGCAUGGAUAAUGAUACUGAUAGCGAUACUUGCAUUCUCGCACCACCAACAGCAGAUGAUCUGAAAGACGGUGGAAUUCAGCGCCACCGUGAGGUUACGGUUACUUAUGAAGAUGGGAUGAGUGCGACUAGCAGUAAGCAACAUGUUUAG